AUGGCACCAUGGAUGAUGGGAGAGAAAUUCAACUCUACCUACCCGCACAAGGGGUCUAUCAAGGCUCUGUGGGAGACAAAGUGGAAGUUCUGCAGCCAAAAAUCCAUCUACCCAUUCCACGAUGGAUCCUUCGAGGACUUCGAGCCUAUCUUCGAGAAACUGAUUGCUGAAAACAUCAACGAUCCAUUCACGAACGAGUACACCAACACCUUCCUCCCAAUCGUUACCAACUUAGAGGAAGAAGCAGCCAAAGCCCUAAAGGCAAACAACCCAAGCCAAGCAUCUGACCUCUACCGCCGCGCAGCAGUAGUCCUCCGAAUUGCUCGCUUCCCAUACGUAAGCCCAAAGACGCGCCCAGACAACGCCGUCAAGCGCGCAGCCUUCGACCGCCAAAAGGAUGUAUACCUGAAAGCAGCCGCUCUCUGGAAGCCCGUCUUGAAAGAAGUGAUAAUCCCACACUCGCACGCCUCCGGCCUGGAUGGCGCUCAGAUCCCGGCCUACGUGCGUCUGCCCGAGGAAGCCAGCGCCGGAAACCGUGUCCCUGUCGUGCUGCUAAUGACUGGUUUGGACGGGUACAGACCCGAUAACAGCCAGCGAACGCACGAGAUCAUCAACCGCGGCUGGGCAACUGUGGUCGUUGAGAUCCCUGGCACGGCAGACUCGCCUGCUGACCCUGCUGAUCCGGAGUCUGCUGAUAGGUUGUGGUCGAGUGUGUUGGAUUAUAUAGCUUUGCAGCCUCAGUUUGAUACGAGUCGUGUUGCGGCUUGGGGACUUAGUGCUGGUGGCUUCUAUGCUAUUCGGGCUGCUUGUACGCAUCGGGAAAGACUUGUUGGCUCUGUGGCUCAUGGGCCUGGCUCACAUCAUUUCCUCGGUAAGGAGUGGUUGAGUAAGGUGAAUGACCACGAGUAUCCGUUUGAGAUCACUGCUAGCUGGGCUGAGAAGUAUGGCUAUGCUAACAAGGAAGAUUUCAUUGAGAAUGCGCAGAAGAAGUUCUCUCUUGUUGAGACGGGAAUCGUUGAUCAGCCCAACUGCCGUCUGCUGCUGCUUAAUGGCGUUGAUGACGGCGUUGUCCCCAUUGAGGACUCUAUUGUUCUCUUGAACCACGGCGGCCCCAAGGAGGGCCGCUUCUUCGAGGGCCUGUUGCACAUGGGAUACCCUCACAGUCUGCCUGUCGCUUACAAGUGGCUAGAGGAGGUCUUGUCGCCCAACGAGCCAGAGAUCAAGAACUAG